AUGGUCAAUGAACUAACAGUCUGCCAAGGAGAUCCGCCCGCGUCCGAAUUCUCAAGCCCCACAACAGAGGUCGGAAGGUUGCUCGCGAAAACCUUCAGUGGUACCGUGCCAAGACAUCGCGAAGCACUUUCGAUAGACACCUUUGCUGUUCUGGCCGAAAAAGAGCAACGCGAGGACGCAGUGAAGACUCUUCGCAGAUCUGUGCUCAUUGUCUUUGCAGACGGCUCAUCGAAGGCUCUUGCGCCUCAGCAAGAGUACACCUUGUAUGACGAAUCGGUAUUUGUCUGCACACACAGCUUCGUAAACUCUAAAGGCAUCAGAGCAUGCCAGGUCUAUGUUUGGUCUGGCGACAGCGCGUUUGAGACGACACUGGAGGCUGCUCACGCGACCGCUAAGCGCAUCUCGCGUGAGAAUGGGUCAGCGUCAGUGCAGGUGAUACGACAGGGCUACGAGACUGCAGCGUUCUUGCAUACGUUUUCGGGUAUCCUGAUCACCAGACAAGGCGCGCCAGAGAGCGCGCCCAAACAAUUCAUGCUGCGCGGAAGAAAACAUUUGGGACACAUUCUGUUUGACGAAGUGGAUUUUGCUGUUGAGAGUCUAUGUGCAGGCUUUGUGUACCUCAUCUCUUAUCCGGUGACACUACAGGAGACGAAGCUAUACCUAUGGAAAGGAUCUGCAUGUUCAACGGAAGAGCUCAGUGCCGCGAGACUCGCUGCCAUGGACCUGAGCGAGACAGGUGAUAUCAUUGAAGUCGAUGGUGGUGUAGAGUUCACGAGUUUUUUGAAGAUUUUUGGCACGAACACUACCAAAGCCAGCAUUCCGAAAUCAACGGAGCUUUGGCGAUUAAAGGCUUUGGCUCCAACCAAGUUCGAAACCAGGCUGUUCCGUGUGCAACAAGCGCCACAAAGAACAGGCCUGAUGACCGCGCUCUGGAAUCGUAGGCCCAGCUGGAACACUCGAUCACCUGCCCGAUCGACACCGUCGCCGGGUGGGAUGGAAGUCAAGGUUGAGACGAACGAGGUGUCCCCAAUAUUGCAAUCGCAGCUCGAAGCCGAAGGCAUCUAUAUUCUCGAUGCCUACGGUGCAAUUUUUGUCCUGCUUGGACCUCUAUUUGCCUCGAAUGCUGAGCACACUCGGAACGCUGUGCUCGGACAGACUCUCCUUUUUGCAUCUGAUUACGCGAUCAUGGCGGCUUCCACGGAGGACCGUCCACAGGUACCGAAGUGUUUUGUUUUGUUCAGCGGCAUACCGCGGGAUGUGAAGAUGAUGUUUAGACAUUGGGAUGAUGGUUGGGGCCUUUGGGGGACCGCUGGCCUCAUGGCAGGGCAGGCGAACUCCCUGGCAAGCGAACCAAUCAUCACGGCACUGGACGAGGUGCUGAACGAAGUGUGUCGAGAUUAG